AUGCCUGCUGGCGGCUGCCUGUUCGUGAUCGUCGGCACCGACGACAAGCCGAUCUACCAAGCCGAGUUCCCCGAGGCGCGGUCGCAGCGGCGCGAGGACACGCUGCACCUGAAUCAGCUCACCGUGAUCCACGCGGCGCUAGACAUGGUCGACGAGCUCGUCUGGGGCACGCAGGCCAUGUACCUCAAGCAGGUCGACCGGUUCAAUGACUUUUACGUUUCUGCAUUCGUGACUGCGAGCCAUGCGCGCUUCAUGCUGCUGCACGACGCGAGGAACGAGGACGGCGUGAAGCAGUUCUUCACCGACGCGUACGAGGCGUACGUUCGCCUGCUCAUGAACCCGUUCUUCGACAGCGGCGCAAAGGUUCCGGCGAGCUUUGACCAGCGAAUACGUCUGCUUGGGAAGAAACACUUCUGA